AUGAGAGUCAAAUCUGGGAAGUCAUUAACCACAGAGAAGGUUUUAUCAGGUGGGCAGGUAAUUCCGCCAGAUUGGCUCUCAGGCAGUGAGGUUAAAAAAGCUUUUCUCUGGCAGGUGGUGAGCUACAGCUACCUAGCUGCACCUCAAGGCCAAAGCCACUCCAAAGAUGUGGUCUAUGGGUCUGGUGCAGCAGCCAAACCUCCUUCCUCUGGCCACAGCUUCUCUGCCAGAUCUCCAACUCUUGGCCAGACACUUUCACUGGAAACUCAGAAAUCUGGUCAUACAGCAGCUCCUGGCCAUGCCUCAGACCAUACUCACCUCAGCACUACACCACCUGUUAUUACUGCCUUCGAGUCCUCAAAAUUAUCUCACAUUUCCCCUUCCUCAUUAGUCCAUUCCUCAUCAUUCUCUGCACCAUCACCUUUUUUCUCCUCAUCCUUCUCACCUUCUGCUCACUCAUCAUCUCCCCACAACCAUCACUCCCUCCUGCCUCUCCAUUUACUCAUCCUGAAGCCAUAUUUGCCAUGCACCAAACUUCUGCCACAGUUCACCCUGCUGAUCCCAGCCAAUUUAUCAUCAAGGACUCCACUUUCCUGGAGGCUCUGGAAUGUAACUCCCACAGAUGGCAGGGAAACACUGCAUAUCUUCUCUCCCACAACAGCGAUGCACUUAAUGAAUUGGGCCAAGAUAAUUAGUGAAAGCUUUCUGUGUUAAAGAGAUGCAGCUAGUGAGCCAAUAUAUAUACUGAUCGUUCAAUUAAUCCUUUAUGUCAUAAAACUUCUCUGAAAAAAUCUAGUGAAUAAUUCUUCCUCUAUCACUGCACUGUUCUUGAUCUAAAUUACAUAUUAAAACUACACAUGCUAGUGUAAUGAUCAGUAUGCUUGGCUCACAAACCACAUAUAUAUAUAUGCUUGGCUUUGUCUCCAAACUCUCCCCCAUAGAGAGAUUGUAUUAACCUGCAGAAAUAAAGCUAUCAUUCA